AUGUGGCCGAUAUUUUUCCUUGCCUUCCCGUUACUUAUCCAGGCGCAGAAUGGCGAGGAAGCGGUUGUUGAGAAUGCCGAGAACUUCCGCAAAUUAUAUGGAAUUGCAACUCGUAUAAUGGAACUUAGUGGAAAUAUAAUGGGUGGAGGUGGAAACGGCGGCGGCGGCUAUGAAGAAGUUCGGCCGCGAUUUCAAGGAGUGCGAUCGUUCAGUGAGGAUAAUAGCAUUCUCAGCGGGGGUUCCUCGUCGAGCGGGAUCAAUAACAUGGCGAAGAUGCUGAAGGGUUAUGAAGGUCUGUUCGCCAAUGCCAACUUCAUUCAGCAGACAACAACAACAACCACCGAACGUCCAACUGGAUUCAAAGCUAUUAUCGACAGCUUCCUUGGAUCUGGAUCUGGAGGAGGAGUGGGUGACGAUUCGGAAAAUUUGCCACCACCACCAACCCCACGACCGAGACCUCGUCAGAAUUUGUUCAGCCUUCUUGGAGGAGCACCAGCUUCAGAAUCGGCCUCAAAACCACAAGCUUCAAAUAUUUUUGGGAACCUUUUUGGAGGAAUGUUGCCACAAACCACAACAACAACCACAGAGGCAACUCCAGUUCAGAAAAUAAUGAAUAUUUUCGUUCCACAACCUGAGCGCCGUGAGUCCGAACAAUCUAGCAGAGGAAAAAUCAAUAUUCUUGAGCUUUUUGGAAUGGCUCCUCGAACCACAACAACAACUACUCAAGCUCCCUUGCAAGCUUUGUUCAACCCUUCUAAGCCAUAUAGCGGUGGGCCAGAGGAUCUUGAUGGAAUCAUGAACGCGUUGAUGCGAAGCAAUGCACGACCAGCGCGCCAGGAACCUGCGUCACUCCUCUCGCAAUUCUUCGGUGGAAGAAAGUGA